GGCGGGGCCAGGAAGGGGCUAGCGCUAGCUGCCGGACGUCGUCUCCUAAGCUCCGCCUUUCGACUGCGUCUUCUAAUUACGUUCUUCCGACUCCAGCUUCCUCUUUUCCUUUCGUCCGCCAUCGUCUUCUGUACGCUUUUCUGGGUUUCUCAUCAUGUCCUCUCACAAGACUUUCAGAAUCAAGCGAUUCCUGGCCAAGAAACAAAAGCAAAAUCGUCCUAUUCCCCAGUGGAUUCGGAUGAAAACCGGUAACAAAAUCAGGUACAACUCCAAGAGAAGACACUGGAGGAGAACCAAGCUGGGUCUGUGAGGAUUCACACACCAUGGCAUGACUAUUUAAGCUGAACCACAGUCAUCAUUAGGACUACCAAAUAGAACUGAAAGUUUUUAUCCUGGAGAUUUGAGCACAUUGGGUCAAUAAUAAAUAUGUAGAACCUUCAAA